AUGGCUCCCUUCAACACUGGUAACCGGUCCGAGGACCAGGUCACCCAGCUCGUCAAGGAGGACAAGACGCACUGGUACAAGAAGCGCAACCUCCGUUACCUCUACAUGAUGCUGUUCUGCUGCUGCAUGGGCGUCGAGAUGACCUCGGGCUUCGACUCGCAGCUGAUGAACACGAACCAGUACUCUCAGCAGUUCAACAAGUACUUUGGCAAGGGACACAAGUCAAAGGGCAAAUACGCCAUCGAGGCCGGUCUCCUGGGGUUCAUGACCUCCUGCUACCAGCUCGGCACCAUCUGCGCCGUGCCCAUCGGCCCGUGGGUCAACCAGACCUUUGGCCGGCGGUGGUCCAUCAUGAUCGGCUCGCUCAUCAUGGUCGUCGGCGCCAUCCUCCAGGGCUUCUCGCAGCACGUGGCCAUGUACAUCAUCGCCCGCAUGAUGCUCGGCUUCGGCAUCUGCUUCUGCAUCAUGGCCGGCUCCGCCAUGACGGCCGAGCUCGGCUACCCCAAGGAGCGCGCCGUCCUGACCUGCCUCUUCAACCAGGCCUACUACAUCGGCGCCAUAACCGCGGCGGCCAUCUCGCUGCGCACCGUCGACCUCAGCGACAACUGGGCCUGGCGCAUCCCCUCGCUGCUGCAGAUCUGCCCGUCGCUGCUGCAGAUCUGCACCGUCUUCCUGAUCCCCGAGUCGCCCCGGUGGCUCGUGUCGCGCGACCGCGAGGAGGAGGCCUACAACAUCCUGGUCAAGUACCACGCCGAGGGCGACGCCGCCAACCCCAUCGUGCACGCCGAGAUGGCGCAGAUCCGCAGCACCGUCAAGCUCGAGAUGGAGAACGCAAAGAUGUCGUGGAUGGACAUGGUGCGCACGGCCGGCAUGCGCCGCCGCGUCUUCAUCAUCGCCCUGCAGGGCGCCUUCACGCAGCUGUCGGGGUCCAACCUGUUCUCGUACUACUCGUCCCUGCUGUACGAGAUGAUGGGCUACAACAACAACUACGCCAAGACGCGCAUCAACAUCGCCUACCUGUGCUGGCACGCCAUCGUCGCCCUGCCCAUCGCCAUCUACGCCGUGCGCUUCCCGCGCCGCUGGGCCUUCAUGACUGCCACCACGGGCAUGCUCAUCUGCUUUAUCUCCAUCACCAUCUGCUUCGAGCGCCUCAAGGCUGCCGACUCGCAGGGCCAGCACAACCAGGCCGCCUCCAUCGCCUCGCUGUUCUUCUACUUUGCCUACACCCUCCCGUCCAACAUCGGCAACCAGGCUCUGCAAUACACCUACGUCGUUGAGCUCUUCCCGUACGCCACCCGGUCCCGCGGAGUGGGCGUGCACCAGUUCUUCGGCAAGGCCGCGGGCUUCCUGUCGUCCAACGUCAACCCGAUCGGCAUGACGGCCAUCGGUUGGAAGUACUUUGCCGUGUACUGCGGCUGGAUCACGUUCGAGCUCAUCUGCCAGUUCUGCUUCUACCCGGAGACGUACAACCGCACGCUCGAGGAGCUGACCUUCCUGUUCGAGCCCGAGGAGUACCGCGCGCAGCAGCACGCCGCCGUCGAGAAGGAGCUGCAGGCCGAAGGCGGCGGCGGUGAGCACGUCGAGGAGCACGCCAGCCGAAAGGAGGUCGUCUAA